UACCCCCCUUUACCAACCAUUUUCUUGGAACUAUUUCCGGAUGUCAUUGGUUUCACUUUGGAAUGUUGCCGUUUCUCAGUUGAAGGAAUUCAGAGACCAGCAAUGAAUUUCACAGGAGCGGAGAAGAAAGGUUGCCGUAACCUCCUAAACCAAUUAGAUUACAAAGUCAUUCUGUCGCUGUCGAACACAGUCACCGGGAAAUCCAUCCAUGUGUUCAGUCGAGAAGAAGCUAUUGAUGCCAUCCUCUCAUUUUCUAUGUCAGCGAGUGAACUUUUGAGCCGACAGAAAAUCACACGAGAUUACCUGAAGCAGUAUCUUUUCAGUCAACAAGUUUCAGUGUCUGGUAGUUCAACAAAACAGGAUUUAAUUUCUCGAAUUUUAGAAUAUUGGUCUGGAGAAAGGAUUUCUUAUCCUGCAGUCCAAUCCCCACCCAGGGAGCAAACCCAUUUGGCAGAACCAGAAACCCGCCUUCUUUCUUCUGGUGAUUUGAAACAAUUUGGCGAAACUUUUGCAUCUUGGUUUUAUAAAAUGUUUAACUCACGAACUGAAUCUGGUUUGAAAGAUCAGUUUUGGCCCCAAUGUUCCUUACAUUUACUGUUGAUAUCUGAAGUGAGAAACGAAGAAAGGACAGAGGGUGCUGAUCUGGUCGCAUGUAGACUAAAAAGAUUAGUGAGCGAAGAGAACUUGUAUUUCAAUGCCAACAUCACUGGUGGUGGUGUUACGAGUGAAGUUGAGAGUGUUGGUAUUGUGUGUGUUCUGGUUCACGGUACGGUUCACAAAGGGGAUCAUGUCUUGGGAGUUUUCGAACAGAAGUUUGCUUUGCUCAGGGAUCCUUCGUCGGAAAACAACUGGAAGAUAACGUGUGUUUCACUAAAAGUUUGUGCCAAUGCUUAUGCAAAGAGUGCCAUUAGACAACCAAGUUUCUGAGAUUCUUCUGGACAUGUAGAAAAAACACCAAAAAACAAAAGCAAAAAUCAUUUUGUUUAUGACUAAGAUUGAUAUUAUAUGCAAGGAAAUUAUACCAUAUUAAAAUUAUCCAUUGAGACUUUUUAUAAAUGCUUCAUU